UAGCAGACCUCUGUUCAUACUGUGGUUCCUGAGAAUACUACCCAUGUCCUAAACUAAACAUCCACUUACCAAGUUACAACAGCCCGCCGCACAGUACCAUCUGGAAACCUGGAAUACAGUCAAGUCAUACCUACUGGGCUCUGGGAAGCUUACCUCUACCUAACAUUGGCGAGCCCCUCCAGCAGAUUCCCUACCCCACCAACCAUUUCACUUUCUUCCCGUGCGCCUCGGACUCUAGGGGAUAUCAUUCAGCAGUAAAAUAUCCUCGAGCUACUCCAUCAUUCCAUUGCCACAGUUCAUCUUGGGUUCUUUCAUUGUACGCCAAGCUGAGGCCCAAAACCCAUCGCCAGCCCGUGGAGCGGAAUGUCUGUUUCCAUACAGGAGCUGGACAAUACUGUCCGCGCCUUUUACGAAGGAAAAGGUGACCUGCAAAAGCAAGCACAACAGACUCUGACGGAGUUCAAACAGAACCCAGAUGCUUGGUUGAUUGUAGGAAAUAUUCUCCAAGAAUCGACCUAUCCGCAGACCAAAUAUCUCGCCCUUCAAGUCCUCGACGAUGUGAUCAUGACGCGAUGGAAAGUCCUGCCGAGGGAGCAGUGCCUGGGUAUCCGAAAUUUUAUCGUCAAUUUCAUCAUUGAGAGCUCGCGAUCGGAAGAGAAGCUACGAGGCGAGCGGGCCUUUCUAAACAAACUCAAUCUGGUUCUUGUCUCUAUCCUGAAACAGGAAUGGCCGCACAACUGGGAGACGUUCAUCAACGAGAUCAUUUCGUCUUGCCAUACCAGUCUUUCGAUCUGUGAGAAUAAUAUGGCUAUCCUCCGUCUCCUAUCCGAAGAGGUGUUCGAUUUCUCUCAGGACCAAAUGACCUCGGUCAAAGCCAGGAGUCUGAAGACUUCCAUGACACAAGAAUUCUCGUCAAUCUUUCAGUUGUGCUCUGAAGUUCUAAAUACGGCAAACCAACCGACUCUAGUCAAGGCAACAUUAGAAACGCUACUCCGCUUCCUGAACUGGAUCCCGUUGGGGUAUAUAUUCGAGACGCCUAUCAUCAACACCCUUCUGACGCGGUUUUUGGAAGUCCCCGAGUUUCGUAAUGUGACACUCAAGUGCCUCACGGAAAUCGGAGGGUUGCAAAUCGGAGCUCCGUAUAAUUACGACGAGAAGCUUGUUCACAUGUUCACGGAAACUCUGACUAUUGUUUCGAAGACUAUCCCACUGUCGAUGGACCUGAAGCCGGUAUUUGCGAAGAGCAACUCCAGGGAUCAGGAAUUCGUACUGAAUCUCGCGCUUUUCCUCAGCUCUUUCUUUAGCGCCCACCUGAAUCUCAUUGAAAAACUACCGAAUCGGGAUUAUUUGACACACGCGCACUUUUAUCUUAUCAGAAUCAGUCAGAUCGAUGAUAGGGAGGUCUUCAAGAUCUGUCUGGAAUACUGGACGAGAUUGGUGCAAGAGCUGUAUGAAGAAAUGCAGCAACUCCCGAUUACUGACAUAAAUCCCUUGGUGAACAUGGGCGUUAGUGGCCUGUCAAAUGGAGGUGCGCCUCACCCCAGCACAUUAGUCAACUAUCCCCUUCGCAAGCACAAAUACGAAGAGGUCCUUUCGAGCCUGCGCACUGUGAUGAUCGAGAAAAUGGUACGCCCAGAAGAAGUCUUGAUUGUCGAGAAUGACGAAGGCGAGAUCGUUCGGGAGUUUGUCAAAGAAAGCGAUACAAUCCAGCUUUACAAGACGAUACGCGAAUGCUUGGUUUACCUUACCCAUCUCGAUGUUGUUGACACGGAGAACAUCAUGAUCGAGAAGCUAGCCAAGCAGGUUGACGGAUCCGAAUGGUCAUGGGUUAACUGCAACACCCUUUGUUGGGCAAUUGGAUCGAUCUCGGGUGCCAUGAAUGAAGAGACUGAAAAGCGUUUCCUCGUCACUGUCAUCAAAGACCUGCUUGGUCUCACGGAGAUGAAACGUGGGAAGGACAAUAAAGCUGUUGUGGCGAGCAAUAUCAUGUACAUCGUCGGGCAAUACCCUCGGUUCUUGAAAGCCCACUGGAAGUUCUUGAAGACAGUGGUCAACAAAUUGUUCGAAUUCAUGCACGAGACACAUGAAGGUGUUCAGGAUAUGGCUUGCGACACGUUUAUCAAGAUUGCCAACAAAUGCAGACGCCACUUUGUCGCACUCCAGCCGGGAGAGAACGAACCCUUCAUUGAAGAAAUUGUGCGCAAUAUGAGAAAAAUCACUUGUGAUCUUUCGCCUCAGCAAGUCCAUACGUUUUACGAAGCGUGCGGAUACAUGAUAUCUGCUCAGGGCCAGAAGGGCCUCCAAGAUCGGUUGAUCGAGAAUUUGAUGUCAUUACCGAACUCAGCCUGGGAUGCCAUCAUUGCCCAGGCGAACCAAGAUCCCUCGAUUCUACAAGAUGGCGAAACGAUCAAAAUCAUUGGCAAUAUCAUGAAAACCAAUGUCGCUGCCUGUUCGUCGAUUGGCACUUAUUUCUAUUCUCAGCUUGGGCGCAUCUACCAUGAUAUGUUGAACAUGUUCCGGGCAUCCAGUCAGCUUAUCAGCGACGCCGUCAUGCACGAUGGGGAAAUUGCAACCAAGACUCCGAAAGUGAGGGGGCUGAGAACUAUCAAGAAAGAAAUUCUUAAGCUUAUCGACAUCUACGUGCAAAAGGCGGAUGAUCUGGAGAUGGUCAACGCAAACAUGGUACCGCCGCUUCUUGAAGCAGUCCUCGUGGAUUAUAACCGCAAUGUCCCUGAUGCACGAGAAGCGGAGGUGCUGAAUGUGAUGACUACCAUCAUUCACAAGUUACAUAACUUGAUGGAAGACAAGGUUCCGCUAAUCAUGGAGAGUGUCUUCGAAAGCACUUUGGAGAUGAUCAACAAGGAUUUCCAUGAAUACCCGGAACACCGCGUGCAAUUUUUCAAGUUGCUCCAGGCUAUCAACCUUUACUGCUUCCCGGCAUUGCUCAAACUUGACGCCUCUCAAUUCAAGUUUGUGAUCGACUCUUGCAUGUGGGCUAGUAAGCACGACAACCGCGAAGUCGAAAACACUGGCCUCACAAUGUGCCUCGAACUCAUGAAUAAUAUGGCCGAAACUGAUGCUCAAACAUCUAACAUCUUCUUCCGUCAAUUCUACAUCCCCAUAUUACAGGAUGUGUUCUUCGUGCUCACUGAUAAUGAUCACAAAGCUGGUUUCAAGUCCCAAGCAAUGCUCCUGUCGCGAAUGUUCUAUUUCAUCGAGUCCGGCAAAGUGCAAGAUCCUAUUUAUGCACCCGAGCAAGCCCCGCUGGGGACGUCCAACAAGGAGUUUCUGCAGGAAUACGUUGCAAAUCUUUUGCAGACUGCGUUCAAAAACCUACAAGAGGUUCAAAUCAAGCAGUUUGUCGUCGGACUAUUCAGCUUCAAUGACGACUUCAAUAAAUUCAAAACUCAUUUGCGGGACUUCCUGAUCUCGUUGAAGGAGUUUGCAGGCGACCACGCGGAGCUUUAUGCGGAAGAGAGGGAGCAAGCCCUGCGUGACGCCAAAGCCGUGGAGCGUGACCGUGCCAUGAAGGUCGGAGGUCUCUUGAAACCGUCUGAAAUGGACCAAGAAGACGAGCUGUGACUAGAGCAGGAAUUGCGCAAUGAAGUUGCUCCGCCCCCUUCCGAUGAACCGUCGGGGCGUUUGAAAGCGUCCGGGUCGCAGAGUCAAGAUCCUCUCGACGGCUGGUCCUUCUACAGCUUGUGAAUUGAGAAAAGAAAAAAGAAAAAAAUGAUUCUUUCCCAUCGCUCGCUCCAUCUACGAUGUAUAUUUGACAGCGGUGGCAGGCUAGCUUGUUUGCGUCUCCCACUUUGUUCUAUUAGUAUCUGGAUCAUAUAUGAAACCGUCUCUGGAUCUUUCUGGAUCUUUGAGGCAGCCAAUGCGACCCAACUUGAAUUUGUUCAACAAGUUACAUCACCGACACAUGGUUCCUUAAGCUCUUGAUGGCGAAGGUAGAUAGGACCUGUGGCCUAUAUCAUAACGGUGCUAGUGCUACAGUGCUCAUGGUACAUUACUACAGACGCCAUAUUAGAUGCUAGUCUUCGUACACUUUCCUGCCUUUGAUGC